AUGUCUAUUCUGCAGUGGGCCGGGCACGACUCUGCAGCGCCAGACCCAAAAUGCAGCUCAUCAGUCAGCAUCCUUAGUGGCUACCAGGAUGUCUUCUCUAGGGACCUGGGCGUAAUCAAGGGACCUCCAGCCAGCCUGCAACUGAAGGACGGCGUUUCCCCCAAGUUCUAUAAGGCGAGACCCAUCCCUUAUGCGCUUCAGUUUACCUUGGUUACUUACCACCAGCCACUCCUGGGCCUCCAGAGAGCUGACCGUCUGACUCCGGCAAUGGCCGCCGCCCGGAUUCAGCGCUGGGCGCUUUACCUGGGUGGCUACCGUUAUAAACUGCACUACGUGCCAGGAAAGCAGUUGCUGAACUCAGACGCCCUCAGCAGAUUGCCGAUGCUGGCAACGGAGCCGGAAGAUGAGGAGCCACCACAGGGACGUGAUGACUGGGCGGUACAACCGGACAGCACCCUCUAUGUGCGCAAUUACGGCGCCGGUGAAAAAUGGACACCCGGGCGCGUCCAGACCACGACAGGAGCUCGGAUGGCGACCGUGGAAACCCCCGCAGCGGUUAUUCGGCGGCACACCGACCACGUACGCCCCCGCCACGACGCAAGCCCGCAGAGUCUGCCAGAUAGCCGCGCAUCAAACGCUACAGAGGCUUCAGGUCGAGCACCGCCUUCCAAGACGUCGAUGCGGCUGUGGGGCCUACCCCUCAGCUAUCUCCCGACAGGGACCAGUGGCUAG